GUUUCGGGGGAGCUGGUGGUGUGCUAAUAGCUAACAGGUAGUUAACAGUGAUAAACUAACUAACCGCGUUGGUUAAAAGCAGACAGACAGACCUCAGGUCAGGAGGACUCGAGGCUCACCUUUCUCUCAUGGUGGUGCUCACCUGAAGAAGCUUCUGGAAGCUGCUCGUGCACGCGCACAGUCUCCAUGGCUACAGAGGAGUUCUACGAGUGAACUUCAUCCAAAGCGCAGUCGAGAGAAAAAAUGUAAACCAGAUCAGGAUUUGCUGUGACCCCAACAGCACCAGUACACCUGCACAGUCUUCCAGGUACUUGUCAGGUGGAGAGGAUCGUGGAUAAGAGGAAGAACAAGAAGGGGAAGGUGGAGUACCUGGUCAGGUGGAGAGGUUACGGUUCAGAGGAGGACACCUGGGAGCCUGAGAGUCACCUGUCCACCUGUAUGAUCUAUGUCCACGAGUUUAACCGUCAGCACGCUGAGCGGCAGAGAGACAACACCUUACUGCGCUCCACCCGCAGCUCGCCCAGCCUCCACUGCAGCCCCACCCACAGACCGCCCUGCAGGCCGCCACCCACUGGUGCCGCUCGCAGUGACAUCAGUAGUGACAUCAGUGCAGGUUUAACUGGAGACUGUAACCAGGUGAAGCCUCCCGUCAGUCUGGCUCACCCAUCCACCGUCGGACUGACCCGCCCGGCCUCCGUCGGCUCUCAGCAGCCCCCGCCUGCCGACAGGUUCGGCAGCAGUCUGAUGUCAGCGGCUCUGGCUGGCUCCGCCCGCCGCAGCGUGGAUCUGUCCAAGACUGGGAUCAAGAUCCUUGUUCCUAAGAGUCCAAUGAACAGCCGUCUGGACUCAGAGGAGUCUCCCAGCGAGGCGGCUCACAGUCUGGAGGCUGGAGCUCAGGAGGCUCACCUGGUCCCACCUGAGGUCGCCCUGCUGGAGAAACCUUCAGGAGUCCAGCUGGGGCCCGGAGAGGAAAGGGCCCGCAUGGGGACCAGACCCCGCAGCCAGAACCCCAUGCCCCCACCCCGAGUCCCCAUCACACCUGCUGCCAUGCGCUCCCUCAGUGGCACAGGUAACUCUGCGCUGAUGGAGGCCGUCGCUGCCAACGGGAUGUCCGGUGUGCAGAGUGCUGUUGCUGGGGCAACCAGCGCGACGGGGAAACGUCGUCUGGAGGAACGUUCCGCUUUCGACAAACGCCUGAGGUUCAGUGUUCGACAGACGGAGAGCGCUUACCGUUACCGUGACAUCGUGGUGAAGAAACAAGAUGGCUUCACCCACAUCCUGCUGUCCACCAAGAGCUCCGAGAACAACACGCUCAACCCAGAGGUUAUGAAGGAGAUCCAGAGCGCCAUGGCAACAGCAGCAUCGGACGACAGUAAGCUGGUGUUACUUGGCGCCGUUGGCAGUGUCUUCUGCUGCGGCCUCGACUUCCUGUAUUUCAUCAGACGCCUGACGGACGACAGGAAGAAGGAGAGCAUCAAGAUGGCUGAAACCAUUAGAACCUUCAUCAACACCUUCAUCCAGUUCAGGAAGCCGAUUGUGGCGGCGGUGAACGGGCCGGCGCUGGGCCUCGGCGCUGCCAUCCUGCCGCUCUGCGACGUGGUGUGGGCCAAUGAAAAGGCCUGGUUCCAGACACCGUACACAUCCUACGGCCAGACGCCCGACGCCUGCUCGUCCUUCACCUUUCCCCGCAUCAUGGGCCUCGCCUCGGCCAACGAGCUGUUGCUGAGCGGCAGGAAGUUGACGGCUCAGGAGGCGUGUUGUAAAGGGUUGGUGUCUCAGGUUCUGUGGCCGGGAACCUUCACACAGGAAGUGAUGCUGCGAAUCAAAGAGCUGGUGGCAGUCGACUCACUGGUUCUGCGGGAGUCCAAAGCCCUGAUGAGGAACACCAGCCGCAGUGCUCUGGAGCAGGCAAACGAGCGCGAGUGUGAAGCCCUGAAGAGAGUCUGGGGCUCAUCACAGGGAACAGACUCCAUCCUGCAGUACCUGCAGAGGAGAACUGAGCUCUGCUAGAACCUGGACCCAGGAUCUGGACCAGGACCUAGACUGGUCCGAUGACUCAGCACUUGUCAGCUGGCAGCAGUGACUCAGCAGAUUCUGAAUUCAACAGGAGACACUGAAUGUUUCCUUUUUUGUUGUUAAAUUUUAAUUUAUAACGUCAGCAGAAUGUUCGUCCUGUUCUCAGGUUUCAGGCGUUUCACAUGGAGACAGGUGUCACCCGAGUCCAGAGGAUGGGUCCACACAGCAGAGACAGGAAGCAGAGGGAGCCCAGCUCAUUUUCUGCAUCCAAAACACAGGUGCAGAACUUCCUUUGGAAAUAUGCUGUUUUAAGUCAUUGUCAGGGGAUUAUUCACCAUAUCUGACGUACGGUGAACGUUCGGUGUGAUUGUUUAAACCCUGGGCAGGUCAGGUUUUCUUCUCUGUCACGGAAACACCUGUAACUCUGCGGUCAUCAGCUCCAUGUUUCUGCCUUUAGAUUUAAUGCAGAGCUGCUGAUGACACGCAGACAUGCAGCUUUAUGAUUCUGUGACUGGAAAAGAACCUGAACAGAUCAGCUCCACGUUUAAACAGCUCAGCAAGCACAGUGUUUGAUGUGUUUCUAUGGUAACUGGUCAGGGACAGCGGCCCAGAAUAGCAGAUUUCUAAUGGAAGUUCUGCAUUAGAAAUUUUUAGGGGCAAAGAAAAUAAAAUCUGUAACUCGGACAGCUAGGCUAACAGUUUCCCUCUGCUUCCAGUGUUUGUGCUAAGCUAGGCUAAUCAGAAGUGCUGACAGUACUUCCCAAAAAUCAAACAUUAACACUCAUGCAGCAGUGUGCCAGUGAUGAAUUAUGGGUAAAUACCUUAGAGGUGAUGCUGCUGUGUGUGGGUGUGGCCUGUCAGUCAUGUGAUCAUGUGUGUAGGUAAUUCCUUACAGGUUAAACUGAUUGUGUCACAUCAGGAAACUCUCCAGUUCACGUUUGUCUUAGUUUACGUGAAGAACUUUAAAGGAGCAGUUCAACAUGCAUGUAAAUCCAACAGUUAGCAGCUGGUUAGCUUAGCAUAAAGACUGGAAACGGGGCAGUAGCUAGCCCGGCUCCGUCCACCCCACAGCUCCUCUGAGGAUCAGUGAUCAUCCACCUGAACAUCGAGCUCUCAGCACAUUUACCUGAAUGUUGAACUGCUCCUUUAAUCUGUGUGUGAAACAGGUGGAGUUUGUGGUGCAGACAAACACAGUGACUCCAGCUUCCAGC